AUGGGACAGUCUUCCUCUACACAACGAAAUCGUCGUCACAGUACCCCUCCAGAACACUUUCCCACUUUCCACGCGAUCCGUGUCCGCAGAAAUAGGGAUGAAGCAAUGAAUAACAGCUACAACACGGAGCAGACUGGGGACUACCAGCCCCGGUCGGGAACAGAGACAGACCAUGACAGCACUGCAACAGCUUCAGGAGCCCCCGCUCAUCUGGAUUCUUCUGCCGAGAUAUGGCAUCCCAACAUUUCAAGUGACGAACAACGACAUAUGAGAACAAUACAAGAGGAGAACGACUCGCAAUAUGAACCAGGCCAGCGGGAAUAUCGAUCGGAUAUCUUUGCCCGAAUGGCUGCAAGAAGACAGUCAACCAUGUCGCGAUUGGGCUCUAGGAUCCUUCCUAAUUCGGUGAUCCGUGGAUUGCUGAGCAGUGAAGAAGAAACACCGGCAGAAGGUCAUGCCCAUCGACACGGUAUCGUGUCAAGGACGAUUCCAAGAUCGGAAGCCACGCAUAGCAGCGCUCGUUUUAGCCCGUUCAACUCCCUUAGCUCGAGAAGCGUUUCUAGGCGACGCUCCUUACGUGGGCCGUACUUCAUCCCCCGCAAUGAACCAACUCUCUCGUCAGAUCCCGCUCGUUCCGGCUCAUUCCUCGACCCUACCACAGAGAUCACUCCAGAACCCACGCGAAGCUCAUGGCGCCGCAGUGCUCGGCUGCAUCGUGUCCGAAACUCACUGUCAGGACCUAUUGGCCACAUGUUCGGCCAAUCUUUUCCGAACGCAUCGGCCCAAGAAUCAGGACCACUCCCACAAACACCCCUGGACCCAGUCUCUAGUGAGGACGCCGACGGAUUUCUUCCUUAUACAAGGUCAAUGGAUAGCCAGAUGGACUUCGAUGAGCCCCAUGAGCUUGAUUCGGUAGAGCCUGCUGUAGGCAGUACCCGUCCUACCUCGCCCAUGUCAUCGCAGUCUGCACAAGGCCCACCUGGCUUACGGCAACUCCCGGGAUUGCUGCGAGCAAGACCGUCUCGAGCCAUGCGUCGAGAGGAACAGACUCCUCUGUCGCGUGUUCUUCAGCUGGCUGCUGCCGCCAUUGCCGCUCAACUCUCUGGCACAGCUGGUCCGGUCAUGCCCAACAUCCAGGCUCUGGGUAAUGACGGCCUUGAUGGUUCGUUGGAUAAUUUCAUACAGAGCUUACAGCACGCCACGUCCACCCAGACGGCACCCAACGAAGGAGAGAGUGCGGCAGGCGACAACGGCCCUCCGACCCCGGUUAAUUUUCUCAGAGUCUUCCGCUUUGCCAAUUCAGAUGGUAGUCGACCCGGCGGUCCAUUGAAUCGUCCAACGGCAAACGCUGAGAACACCGAUAGCAACGGCGGCGGAAUGGAUGUGGACAACCCUACUGAUGGACCUGAAGGACGUACUGUUACUCUCGUAGUGGUUGGGGUACGAUCGGUCCCGUCUGGGAAUGGGCCUAGCGGCGAUCAGCCAGGUACUCCAGGAACUGGACUGGAUGCCUUGCUUCGCUUGCCGUUCCUAACACCUGGGAAUCUAGCACGCAAUCACGAAAACGGCUCUGGAUUUCCACCACGUUCAGACGGGCGGCCAAGGCUUCCACCUAUCCGGCUCCAGGGCGAGCAGCAUCCUACGGGGCUUCCCACGGGUAGUGACAUUUCUUCACAAGGAGGACCAGCUCCACUGCGACGGCUGUCUGACGCGGGCACCCGGGUCCCAUUAGGCUCACUGUCUGCAGCCCCUUCGGUGCUUUCGGAAAGCCCUCCAGGUCCCCAUCCUCCUCCUUCGACGCCAGCUGAUCCGGGAUUAUCCGCCGUGUCAUCCAGCGCGUCCACUCCUAGUCGGAGACCUUCCACUGCUUCGGCCAUGUCACCAGGUACUUUACCUCCGAUCGACACCAACCGACCGAUGCAACCCACCGUUGAGCCUGCUGAAGACGGUAUCCCGCUAAAUACGCGCCAGCGACGUCGAAGUGACUCCGAAUAUGCACGCCAUCGUGACCUAGGGUCUGGUGCUGUCCGUCGUAACGGCGUCGUAGAACCCGACAAUGCUACGCCACCCACAGGAAGAAGCUGGCUGAUCUACGUUGUCGGGACCAAUCUUUCAGAGAAUCAUCCUGCUUUUGCAACGCCAAGUCUGUUUACUGAUAAUCCAACCUACGAAGACAUGAUCUUGCUUUCGUCUUUGCUUGGGCCUGUUAAGCCACCUGUUGCGACCCAGGAGGAUCUCUCUACGGCCGGUGGACUGUUCCGCCUUGUGGAAUAUGCCGGCUCGCUGGUUGCAGAAGGCUUGGAAGGUGCUGGCGCCAUCCAACUUCCAGAAGGCGAGCGGUGCUUGAUCUGUCUCAGUGACUACGAGGCGGCAGAGGAGCUUCGGCAACUGACCAAAUGCAAACACCUUUUCCACCGGGAUUGCAUUGAUCAGGUUCGUUCAUAUCUUUCCCCGGAGGUUUUGAAAAUGGCCAAUAUGGACACACCUGUGCGCCUUACCGUUCUCAUAUCCGGCAAUGGCUCCAACCUUCAAGCAGUGAUAGACAAGACACAGCAAGGACAACUUUCGACGCAGAUCGUGCGCGUCAUCUCCAACCGCAAGGAUGCCUAUGGUCUCGAGCGGGCUCGACAGGCCAACAUCCCCACGCAAUACCACAACCUGGUGAAAUACAAGAAACAGCACCCUGCUACACCGGAGGGUAUCCAGGCGGCGCGGGAAGAGUAUGACGCCGAAUUGGCCCGAUUGGUACUGGCUGAUAAGCCGGAAAUGGUGGCUUGUUUGGGAUUCAUGCAUGUUCUGUCGCCGAGGUUCUUGGAGCCGUUGGAGGAAGCUAAGAUUAAUAUCAUUAAUCUGCACCCGGCUCUGCCCGGGGCGUUUAAUGGGGCGAACGCUAUUGAGCGUGCGCAUGCUGCUUGGUUGGAAGGGAAAAUCGAUAAGACGGGUGUUAUGAUCCAUAGAGUCAUUUCGGAGGUGGAUAUGGGGCAGCCCAUUCUGGUCAGAGAAAUUCCGUUUGUGAAGGGGGAGGAUGAGGAUCUGCACAAGUUUGAGCAGAAGGUGCAUGAGGUUGAGUGGGGAGUGGUCAUUGAGGGGGUGAAGCUUACGAUCCAGGAGGUCAAGGAGAGCAGGUAG